GAUUGCUAUAUUCAUGGACACGAUCAUGAAAAGGGCUUGAUUUCUUGUUCCUUGUGUGAAAAUAAAUAAUAAAAAAUAUGACGUUAGUAGCUCGACGGAAUUGGGACAAAGUGGAGCCCCUAACAUUAGCGGAAGCUAUUUACAAGGUGGUUGGGGGGGACUGUAUUCAGUUAGCGGAGAGUUUUUCAGACCGAAACUCGGUGUGGGGGAGAAUUGUACACAAAAUCAAUCCAGCAAUGACAACAAAAAUCUACAGAUUUUGGGCAAAGGUUGCAUAUGAUACAAAUAAGAUGAAUAUACGGGAUUUACAUUACAAUUUGUGCUCGCUACAUGGGAACCAAUAUGUCCAACUACCUGCUCAGAAGAACGAAGGCGAUGGAUACAAAUACUAUUGUUACUGCAAGAACCUAGAGAACGAAAGUUCAAGCUGUGAACCAAGUUUGCCGAUGAUAAACUGUGACAAUUGCACUGAAUGGUAUCAUUCAGCCUGCGUGGAUAUCCAGGUUUCAAGAUUCAAAGGAAAACGAGUAUGGAAGGGCCCCCAGUGUAGCGAGCCUGACUCAUUUUUGAUCCCCAAGAUUUUUAUGACUUUGGCGGUGGAGAACAGUGAUAAUGAAGAGGAACAAGUUUCAUUUACCGACUACCUGAACCGAAGCAAGUCAUUGAGUUUAACCCGCGAGCCAUCGGUAUUUUCAGGGAAUGGAAGAAGUCGGUUGACGUCAACUCCAAACAAGAAAAAUAAGAACAUAACUUUCUUUCCUUCCUCAUUACUUUCUAUUAUACAUAGGAGAAGUACUUUUGGUGAUAACCAGAAUGAGCAGUCCAAGCCGGAGACGACGACAAAAGUUAAGCUCGAUGAUGAUCUUCCCCAGAGCAGCGAUGAUACGGCGCUUGGCAGCGACGAUGGUGUUGUGGCUUAUCAACAAAGGAUGGAAGGACCGAUAAAGCACCACGUGGACUUUACAACAACCAUUUCAUAUACAGAGUGGACUGAAGUCCAACCACAAGCCCAAGGUGACCAGCGCGAUCCACGAUAUCAGUGGAAACUCCCAGCCACAAUUUGGACUCAUCGGUUCUAUGAGUUUUUUAAGAGAAGCUGCACAGAAGAAAUGAAAGGAUGUGUAUUAACAUUUGAGUAUAACCGAGUUUAUCCAAAAAAGAGUGCGCGAAACUAUGUGACUGCCAGUGCCAUUUGCAAGAGAAAAGACUGCAGCAUGAAAUAUAGAUUCGAGAUAGAAAAGAGGCCGAAAAAGAAUAGCGAUGUCAAUAUAGUAAUAAAGCCGAGUGGGGCAUUGGAACAUGAUCUAGCAACCACUGAUAAGCGUCAUUUAAGCGGCAUUCGGCGAAUCGAAGCGCAGAAAGAUUUGAAUACAAAGAGAGCAAGCAUCUUCAGGAGGGAAAAAUUUGGAUCGGAGGCUACAGAUCAAACAUCAUUAGAAAAGGGUGAUUAUACAGAAGUACAAUCUCAAGAUGUACUUCGAGUUGCACGAAAGGAGAUACUAAAGAAACAAGACUUGCAUGAAGAUAUUUUGCGGGAUCUUAUUCUAAGGCGUGAGGAAAUGAGAAACUAUCCACAUCUUUCUCUUGGACAUGUGCGAGGAUACAUUCAGCAAUUGGGCGUUUUUCCUUUUACGGUUCUGCUAUAUACUCAGAAACAGAUUAACAUUUUCAAGAAAGUUCUAGCAUGGAAUAGUGAUAUAGUUUUCUACCUAGAUGCUUCCGGAAAGGUCUCCAGUGCACUUCCAGUUGGAUUGGAUCAGACAAGGCAAUUUUAUUACGCAUUGGUAAUCAAGUUACCUUUGGGGGAUGCACCGCUUAUUCCUGUGGUAGAAUUCGUCACGAAUUCGCAUAGUGCUGUUACAAUAUCUACCCAACUACGUUAUUUUCUUGAACAAGUUCGUAGUCAAACGUCGAUUAAGAAAAGUGGCUGUGGGAUUCGAAGGAUUGAAACAGACGAUUCAAUGGCAAUGAUUAGUGCGUGUACAACGGCUUUGGAGGUUGGGACAGUGUUGAAUUACCUGAAAAUUGCAUGGAAGAGAUUAAGUGAGGCAGCAAACGGCUAUGGAAAACGGCACGUUCCUUAUGUCCACCACGUAUGUAGAAAACAUGCAAUGGAUUUCUUGCACAAGAAAAUCAGCGAACACUUCAAAGGGAGACACACAGCAGGUUAUGCUGACAUUUGCAAAAGCAAAAUGACAAGGGGAACGACACUAAUCGACGAGGAUGGUUCCGAACACGACGUCGACGUUGAUACCCAUGAUGCAAUUGGAGUAAUGAAGAAAUGGAUGCAUGGUUUUCUCCACGGCAGAGAUUUGUAUAGUUUCUGCCGACGGGUAAUGGAUGUCGUAAUUCUGUGUGGUUGUAGAGAUAUUUCAAUUACUGUACUUGAAAUUACUAGGGACAUAUCCGAAAAAACGACAAGAAAAGGAGCCCCAUGGGAAGUUGUAAACCUGAAUGAACUUCCGAGUGACCCACCAUUCUACCGCCAAUCUCCCUUUAGUCAAUUCGCAAUAAUCGUGGCCACGGAGUAUGAUAUCCAACUAGAUUUCAGUGAUCAGGUUGAGGAUGACUACAGCGGAGCUACCAAUCCGUAUUACUGUCCACCAUUUUUGCGUUACUUGAUUAAACACGUUCUGGUCAUUGGUUGUCUUUUCGAUCACUCGCUCAUGCGUUUAAACGACAUAAGUACUUUGUCUGAUACGCAAGGCAGUGUUGAGAGCUGGAAUGACAUCCUAAAAGUGGAUGAGUUGGCAGCUGCGCUACCAAUGAGAAUAGGGAGAUUUUGCUCAGCGGAGGAGAAAAUUUUGAAAGGUCGACUAAACGAGUUUGACUUAGCACUAGCACGAUUACUUCGCACAUCCAAUUCAAGACGAGACUCGUAUGUGGAGGAUGAGCGUGAUGAGGAGAUCAUUUGCAGUAGUGCCAGAUCUAAUCAAUUUAAAUCUGGACAGUUCGGCAGCCAAAAUAAAAAUAUGAAAUCAAAAGAGAUGGGCGACGUGGAGGUUCCUGAAUCUCAAAAAGAGAGCUGGAGACCCAAAAAAUCGAAACCACCACCUUCUGGAAUUCAACAGACUGAAUUACACCACCUUAACAGGAUUCCAUGGGGAGGGUUCUACAUGUUUGAGGGUAAGAAGGUAUCUGCAACCAACACGUGCGCGAUAGAUUGUCAACUUCAAAUCAUAUAUACGAUGUAUAAAAUAUUUCCUGAUGUUAGAGAGCAAAUUAAAUCGUACGCGACACAAGGUAACUUUGCAGGGACAAUUUUAGCAAGGAUUUUUGGACUUCUAGAUAAUGAGUCAUUUGAUGAAGCGAGAGGUUUAACUUUAAAAAAAUUAAUGAAUUAUAGCCCAGCAAUUUUGGAAUCUGGGGAUUUUUUUGAUUCAGAAGAAAAGUUCUUGGAUGCGAUUAGGACUUUAGUUCCAAUCGUGCGGCGAAAACGAUGCAAAAAUAGUAUGUGCAAUUUGCAUGAUAAAGCUGAUCAAUACGCAACCGAAUUUUUUGUCAGCAAUCUGCUGGAAGCCAAGACCAAGUUCAACCGACAAAUUAUAAAGUGUGUAGCAGGCAGUUGUAAAGGAAAAUUUAAUUGUGAAAUUUGGUACAAAUGGCCUGAGUUUGGCCCAUCUGCAUUUUUGACUUAUUCGGUACCACUACCACAAGGUAAUCAUGUAUUUGUCGAAAAUGACAUACUCAUGCGCCACAAUAUGGUCGAUGAGGCAUUUAAGGUCUUCGCGUAUAGUGUCCGCCGGGGAGGAGCUCAUUUUUACGUCGUGUUCUGUUAUAAUCGUAAGAAAUUUAUUUACGACGGACUGACUGCUGGUCGCCUUCUAGAGUUCAAACCCGCCCCAAAGGGUCAUUCCGUUAGCACGGUGUGGUUGCAUCGGGAUCAAGUUUAAUAUUUAAUUUCUUCGA